CUUUAGUAUUCUAUUGAACUCCACUAAGGCCUUCAAACAGCCUUUAAGAUGCAUACACUUUUAUUUCUUAGUAAUUCUGUCAAUGUGAUAUAUUUCUUUUCCUUUAUGAAUAAAAAUAAAAUAACAUUUUGCAUGUUGAAACAAAAAAAUGUCACAAAUCAAGUUAAAUAAUUGGCCCAUCCAUCAUUAGUACAAUAACUGACUUGUUUUAAAGCUAAGUAAAAUUUUGAAGAUGAUUGCUCAGUCUUUUAAGAUGAACAUUUGUUAAUUGAAUAACGAAUAUUGACUGAAAGAGUUGUAAAUGACCGUCCAAUCUAAACAGAGUUAAGCUGAUGGUCAUCCCGUUUAAGCUACAGCAACUUUAAACGCUUACACACAUUCACACACACUAAUAAUCUUCAAGCUAUCCCCACCUAGAUAUAUAGCCUAGUUGCGGCCCGAUGUAGGUCUAGUAAGGUGUUUCACAACGCUGAAAAUAUAUCUAAAAUUCUCAUAUAUUAAUGUAGACCUUUUAUGGCAUUCUCUCAUUAAUUUUUUUAUUUGACUUUUCUGACUGCAUUUAUUACCCCCAUCAGCGUGUGAAGGAAUGACUGAAUUACAAGAAACGUCUUUCAGUUUUUCACAUGCAUACAAACUGCUGGUUUAAUGACUCACAUAAAAGUCUUCUUCCACUUCUUUCUGCAAUUUAAAAAAUAGAACAAUAGCUUAAUUUAUCAUUUUCUUAUAGUAUAGACCAUAAUUUCCCAGAAACGCUAUUUAUUUGAAAGAAGUAUUAAAACGCUCAGACAUGGUGUGUGAUGUGCAGGGCUUCAUACAUAGCAACAGGAAAUAGACGCAAACGAAUUUGGGCUAUAUGUUAAAAGUUGUGCUAGAUUUAAAAUAUAUAGGCCAUAGCCUGUGCUUUGAGUGAAAGGUCUGCGCAAUCAAAUUUGUUUCCAGAUGGACCAGAAGGAAGAUUUAUUACUGUGGAUAAAGUAGCCUAUCGCCAGCACGGGGACAGUAUUUGCACAAGUGAUCAAUAACAGAUCUCGCGAGAGCUCCGGCGUUGGCUGUGGCUGGCCGUGGCUUUGCAGCAGACAGAGGGAGAAGGCAGGCAGGCAGCAUCAUGGCGGACAGAGACAGUGGAAGUGAGCAGGGAGGAGCAGCCACGGGCCCAGGCUUCGGUUCCAUGCACCUAGCGACAGGAGGGGCGGGCUCGGCUUCCGGGCUCCAGCAUGAGACACAAGAGCUAGCGUCGAAGCGAGUUGACAUCCAAAACAAACGCUUCUAUUUGGACGUUAAGCAGAACGCGAAAGGCCGCUUCUUAAAGAUAGCAGAAGUCGGGGCCGGUGGAAACAAGAGCCGCCUCACUCUCUCCAUGUCUGUGGCGGUCGAGUUCCGUGACUACUUGGGGGACUUCAUCGAACAUUAUGCCCAGUUGGGUCCAAGCAACCCGGGAAUGGUACAAGACGAGCCUAGGCGAGCACUCAAAAGCGAGUUCUUGGUCCGAGAAAAUCGGAAAUACUACAUGGAUCUGAAAGAGAACCAGAGGGGACGGUUUCUGAGGAUUCGACAGACCGUUAACCGGGGGCCCGGUUUGGGAUCCACGCAAGGCCAGACGAUUGCACUGCCUGCCCAGGGACUUAUUGAGUUUCGUGACGCUUUGGCUAAACUUAUUGACGAUUACGGUGUAGAGGACGAACCUGCAGAGUUGCCCGAAGGGUCAUCAUUGACUGUGGACAACAAACGGUUUUUCUUCGACGUCGGAUCCAAUAAGUAUGGUGUGUUCAUGAGGGUAAGCGAGGUGAAGCCAACGUACCGCAACUCAAUUACGGUGCCCUACAAAGUGUGGUCCAAAUUUGGGAAUACUUUCUGUAAAUAUGCCGAGGAGAUGAAGAAGAUCCAGGAGAAACAGCGGGAGAAAAGGGCAUGCGAGCUGCAGCAACAAGAGGAGAUGCAGGCGGACGAUGGAGACGAGGAUUGAUAUAGAGAGCAAAAACAUGCAAGAGUAAUGAAAAUAACAAGAGAAAUAUAAUUAAAACUCUACUGUAUAAAGAAAGAAAUCUAAAGAUUUAACUGUAAUGGUUUAACUCCAAGGGAGCAUCACCCACAAUAUAAGAAACCUCCACAACCUGACAGUUAUGACAUGUUGUCACUCAUCGCUGGAUGUUACCCCACUUAUCCACCAUUAAUACAGUUAACAGGCUGCUAAACAAAGUAAUAACAUUAUAUUUGAACAUUGUUUCCUACUUGACAAACAAUAUUGAACUGAGUGUUUAUUUCCCUUAUUAACAGAAAACUUUUGUACCAGUUAAAGCUAUUGUAAAAAAGUGUUUGCAAUGUUCAAAUGGAAUUAUUGCCGAGUUCCGAUGAAAAAACGUUUCCUUUUCAUGUGAGCUAAUGACUUCAGCACAAAUCAGAUAUUUUAAUUUUUAAACCAAAAUUCAAAAACUUUGUAAAAGGUUGUCACAUGUACUUGCCAUCCUAUUUACCUUUACCUGUGAGUAGAGAUGUGUUUACACAUAAAUCAUAUGAGGGCUAGGCCUGCUUCGGAAACUGGUUAGAUGUCAUGCAGUAUAAAAAGGAAUAUAGGCAUUUUUCAUGAAAUGAAAUAAGUGCUCUAUUUGUUGUGCAAUAUGCAUUGCAUAAAAAUCAAAUAUAUAUUGAACUGGUCAAUGGAUCUUGACAUGAUGACAUUUGCCAGAGGCAUUCAAAGAAAUAUUAAUAUUGUAAUUUUUUUUUUCAGUUGAAAUUGUUGCCAUGCAGAUGGAUAUAUUAUAGACUACCUUUGUGUCUCGUUGUUAAUGCAAUGUGUUCAUUUUAAAGGUACUAAAUGUGUAUUUGAUAGAGGAAAUGCAGUGACAACAUGUAGCAAAUGGCCUGAUUUGCAGAUUACUUUACAAGAGAAACACCCCACACAUACUGUGUUGAUUGGCUCAGUGGUCUGAAAAGAAGAGGCAAAAUUCAGCAGAGCUUCAUUGGUUACUACACCUGAAACAGAACAACAUUUUAUGAUCUUGUUCAGUCAUAAAAAUCUAAAUGGUGCCAAGGAGUGCUGUUGCUGCAUGUUAAUCUGCACUAAGAUUUCGUUGGUCUCCCAAAAUAUUGGCUCAAGGACCCUCCUAUAUGUAUCUUUAUCUGCCUAUAUUGUGCAAAUCUCAAGUUUGAGUACUGAGUGAUUCCAUCCAAGGCUUGGUGUAUUUGUAGUGGAAGUUGCUUUCAGAGCGCGAUUGUAAAAGGAGCGAUCUUGUGAACUGUAAUUACAAUAUCACCAUCACACUAUGAGGAGGGACACUGAGGAGCACUGCUGGAUAAGCCAAGGUGAAGAAAGUUCAAUUCACCUGUUGAUGAACCGCCAGUUGUGUCAAUGGAUGUGCCCAUCCCUACAAGUUAAAGAUCUGAAGGUGUGAAGUUCAGUGGGGCUACUUUGGAUACAUACUCAUAGCUCUACUUUAUAUUUGUAAGCCCAAAUAUCUACCUGGGGUGAUGAGAUUCUGUUUUGGUCUAAUUGUAAAUAUUUGGGCUGCCACACGGAAAACAACUGGUUCUAGUCCAGUUCAGUCGCAUCUCAUAGAUGUGUGAUAGCAGUUUUAUAAACUCUGUCAGUAAACUCCAGAGAAACUGGCAACAAUCAGAUAAUGUCAGAUUUACCUCAGCAUUGAAUUAAAUGAUUGCUCCCAUGUUUAGAUUGACUGGAAACCAGCAAACUAGACUGUCCUUGACCACCUAUUUUUGGAGCCUCUGGUAAAGCCUAAAUGAUACGUGAUUGGGAGCAUCCUCUUCAGCAUAUAAACAACCUGGUGCCUUACACACUCCGCAUGCUUACACGCUGGCCUGGUGCUUUGGAUCGCAGUUUGGCUUCUUUUUGUUAUUGUUUCCUCUUUAUUUCUUCCAUUUUUGUGUCUCAGCCCCCUUGUGUGCUAGCGCACGACUCGUGGUGCUAAAAGGGUUUGUUACAAACUCUUCAGAAAAAUAGGAGCAGAAUUCUUAACUUUUUUUCUGCUACCUUCCUUCUUCCCUAACUUCAUUGCCAUCCCCAUUUCCCAGCCAUCCAGGUAUCGGCCUACAUGUAAACAUGGAAGGGGGUGGUCACCUAGAUGCAAGAUGAUGCAGAAGAGUUGGCUCUUCACUAACCAAGCACAUUAGCAGGAAGAGCAGGGGCUGAUUGGGAACAUUGGUAGUGGCCUGAAAUUAUGUAAAUUGUUGUUGGAAAGCCCCCCUUGAAAUGCUCGUUGUAUGGCUUGGGUAGUUAUGUGUAAGUUGUAAGUCGCUCAAUUAAUGGGGAGUAGCAAGCAUGUCUUGUUUUGUUUUUUGUUUUACGUAGUUUUACCUUUUCAGCAUUAUUCCACAUUAUUUGUAAUUUUGGAAUGUUUUCGCCCACAAAAAAUAUAUCUAUUUUUUCUGUGCAACAUUUCAUCACUGUGUGCAAUAUCGUAUGUGCCAAUGGUGGCAAUAUAUGUAUAUCAAUUAAAUAUAUGAUUACUAUUUGAAAGCAUGUGGCUGAAUUCCAUGUUUAUUUCUCAUGAAGGAGUUGUAUGCCUUUAUUUGCACUCAAAGCUCCAUCCUGGAGGAAAAUAUAGUAAACCAAGGUCUUAGCAGCCUGUUGGGUCAAGAAGUUCACAUAAGUACUUUAACUUGAAAUAGAACAAUGUCACUGUAAGUAUGCCUCUCCCUAGGAAAAUGGUAAACUUGGCUUAUGGGUUGUUGAAGGUAGACUAUAAACACAGUGGAGUUUUUGUGAAAAGGAAAAUUUAAGAAACAGUGAAAUCUCCAUUUUAGCUCUAAGCUAAGAAAAGGUGCUUCAGUCCAAUCCUCAUUAAGGUGUAUGGUGAACUGUCUUCAGUGGUUGUUGUGUGUAGCACUUUGCUUUCCCAGGUUAAUGAAAUGCCUGACCAAUACUUGUUUAAAAUGAUUUCAACAAAGAAUGUCGUUCUCUCUUAUGUUGCCUCUUUUUUAAAAAGAGGGUAUUUGAUUUGCUCAUUUGGUUUUGAUGCAUUAAAUAUAAUUUAUGUACAUUUGACAAAUUUUAAAAUAAAUUUAAUUUACCCAUGAGGGAAAAUCUG